AUGCGUUUAAUGUUCUUCGCCGUCGCGUCGCUGGCAUUGCUGGCGGCGUGCGUCUGCGCACCAAACGAUGCAAUCCAACACAUACCAAAACAAGAAGCAACACAGUCAGCUACAGAAAAAGACGGUGCGGCAUCUGGUGUUUCGGCAAACAAUGCUGGAUCUUCUGAACCGGAAAGGGAGAAGAGGGAUCUAGGCGGCCAAGAAAGUGAUUUGCUUCCGUCUGAUCAUGAGGUGUCGGCGUUUGGAGAUAAUUCGCUGAUUGGUCGUGGACGGAUCAAGGUCAAGACCAUCCAUGCAGGAAUAUCACCAGUCCACGAUUUUAGAAAUCAAUUAACCUCACAAGUUGGAGACAAAUUAUUACCAAUGACUUCACCUUACAAUGUCCUCAAGCAUUUGGAUAAUUCCGUGAUAAAAGCAACAAAAAAUGUCACUCACAAUCCAAAAAUGGAAGAAACUUUGUAUCAACUAUCAAAGGAUUUGGUAUCAGCUAUACUUUCUAAACUCGAGAUUCAAGAUAAGCUCACAAGAAUAACUCGAGAAGCUUUAGACGCUCCAGGAAAAACCAAGGGUAUGACUGCCAUAGAGACUCGACGAAUACUUGACUACAUUUCAAGAACUUUAUCAGGUCAUAUUCUUACUAUCACAAGGGCUUCCACAGAACCUGAAUUACAUAGAUUAGUAUAUGGUUUGGCUCAAAUAGCCGCGGAAAUUUCAAUUGUAUCAGCAUUAAGAGACAUUACUUACGCUACAGCUCUAUCGAAAAAACAGUCCGUUGAUCUUUCCCUGCGUAAAAAGAGAUCUAUAUUACCCAACAAUGCUAUCGUUGUAGCUUCUACGCCACAAUCUAGCCAGUCUACAGUUUACGAUAUUAUAUUGAAUAGACCCAUCACUAUAUCUUCAACAGAAGCACCAAGCAGGCUACUGAAUAUUACCCGAUAUUCUGUUAAUUUAUCAAAGAAGUCAGUAAAUAUAAUUCAAAGCAAAAAACGAGCUCUACCAUCUCCCCCCGAAAGGAUUUCUAAAUCAGACAGUCCUGGAUGCUCUAGUGAAUGA